AUUAGUGUGAUCUCAGCUCAAGGCAAAGGUGGGAUAUCAUGGCAUCUAUCUGGGUUGGACACCGAGGAACAAUAAGAGAUUAUCCAGACUUUAGCCCAUCAGUGGAUGCUGAAGCUAUUCAGAAAGCAAUCAGAGGAAUUGGAACCGAUGAGAAAAUGCUCAUCAGCAUUCUGACUGAGAGGUCAAAUGCACAGCGGCAGCUGAUUGUUAAGGAAUAUCAGGCAGCAUAUGGAAAGGAGCUGAAAGAUGACUUGAAGGGUGAUCUCUCUGGCCAUUUUGAGCAUCUCAUGGUGGCCCUAGUGACUCCACCAGCAGUCUUUGAUGCAAAGCAGCUAAAGAAAUCCAUGAAGGGUGCUGGAACAAAUGAAGAUGCCUUGACUGAAAUCUUAACUACCAGGACAAGCAGGCAAAUGAAGGAGAUCUCUCAAGCCUAUUAUACAGGUAUCUUAUUUUCUGCUUACCUUCACCACUGUUCACACAUAUUCGAGCCAAUGUUGCUUUUCCCAGAAUCCUCCCAAUCUCUUCAUGAGGCAUUUUCAAGACUUAUAGAAAGGAGAAUACAUCCUAAAAUCAGCUAA